GGCAGAGAUACACCUUUGUGAAAUAAAGGAGAAGCUGGACCUCACAAGAGAACAGCUCAGAAGGUUUGGGGUUUGUGUCUGUGUCCAGAAGGUUCUGGGUUUAAGACGUGUGACUGACAGAGUAGCCAAACAAGGCCUAGCCCCAGUUUCCCAUGGCGUCUGCAUGCUGAUUAACCCAAAACUGUCACAGACAAUUCCUAUGUACCUUGUCCAAAAGACACAGUUUUUAAGUUACCUUUAAUAAUAUGGUGCGCUACCUCAAAAUAAUAAAAACUUAAGGCUUACGUGCCUGUCCGCUUCAGCCGAGUUCACAAGACUCUGACAAGCAUUACACGGCAUAUUCUGUCAUUUGUGUGACGCGACCAAACUCUGAUCUGCAGGAGUAUAUCGAGAAAGUUCGAGACACACUGAAAUAAAAGGAUUCCCAGGCACAACUGACUAGUGGUGGAUGCUGAGGUCAUAUAAAUACACACUGCCAUUAAAUGUCGGUAAAGAAAAAAAAAACAAUGUGUCACCCAAUAGACGAUCGAAACCACCCAAUAACCCCCACCCAAUGUCGGAUUCAAAGUCUCAUUUCUCCCACCACUACCAUUAGGUAAUAUCGCAUUGCUAAUAAAGGAACACCACAUGCAAUAUUAAAACGAAACAACAAUGCAGGUCAAUGCAUAUAUGUGACAGCCGAAGACCACGUGUAAGAGAAACGUAAGAAGUGGUAGCAAGUAUGACGUCAGUCACGCAGAAUUUUAAAUAAAGAGACCACUGGAAUAUCUCCAGAUCUUAACUGACUGCUUUGUUUACAGUACGUGGAAAACAAGAACAAAAAGACAGAAAAAAUGUUUUCUCUGUCUGCAGUUAGUAUGUUAAACUUUCGGCGAGCGUUAUCAACCGGGAGUUAACUGUCUGGUUCUAAGGUUCUCUCAUAGGAAUUGAGUUUAAAAUGAAGUUAUGGGACCUGCUGGCUAUGUGCUUCUUGCUGCUCAGCACCGUUUCCACAAGCCCCCUCUUCCAAAGCUUACGGUCAGACAAGCGCCUACGACCCCUGGCCCAAGCGCUCAGCGUCCCGCCAGUGCUGCUGGAUGACGAAGAGUCCGAAUCCACAUCGGAGACCCAAAACGAAGCGUCAGUGAGACUGCAGGAACGAUCCCUUCAGAAUCAGCAUGGGGGGUCCAGUCCUGACCCGGAGCAGCUUGGGUAUGUUCUGGACUUCAUUAAAGCCACCAUGAGGAGGAUGCGCCGGUCCACAGAUAGGGGGCGCAGGAGCUCCCGGGGGCAGAAGCGAGGGCGGCAGAAGGAGGGCAGAAAGCACCGGCGCUGGGGCGGGAACGGCGUCCGUGGGACCAAAAACAGGGGCUGCGUUCUGAAGCAGAUCCACCUAAAUGUGACGGACCUGGGACUGGGCUACCAGACCAAGGAGGAGCUCAUAUUCAAGUACUGCAGCGGCCCCUGUGUCACGUCUGAGACCAACUACGACCGGAUCCUGAACAACCUCACCCAAAACAAGAGGCUGGAGCCGCACUCGCCGCCCAGGGCCUGCUGCCGGCCGGUGGCCUUCGACGACGACCUCUCCUUCCUGGACGACAACCUGGUGUACCACACGCUCAGGAGACAUUCGGCCAAGAGGUGUGCCUGCGUCUGAAUCCGAGGACCACGUCGCUCUGACGCCGCGGCCUUCCAAAGACCGUUUCCCCAGGAACGGCGCCCAAAGACUGACCUCUGGCUGAGUCAAAGGCGCGGACAGACCCCAGCCCACAGCAGUGUGUGCAUCCGUGGAGACACUGUGGCUGUCUGUCUGGAGAGAAGAGCAGACCCUCUCUCCCCAAACCAGAUGUAGCUCCCGGGUCACCAUCUGGCCCAGUGAUGGUGCCGCAGACCUCCAAAGUUUACAGUCUGAAGUUUCUGACACAAAGCUGGACUCUCUCCAGAGACUUCAAACAGGGAGAAAAAGUGAAUCGCCGGUGCAAUGCAUCUACUCAGACUCAUUAGCAUAAGCAAAAAUGUGAAAAGUAUUUAUUGAGAUUGAAUUAACUUAUUGUUAUUUAUUACUGUUAAUUUUAUGGAAAAAAUAUAUUUUUCUUAUUUAUUUGA